AACUGUAGUCUUGGACUGUCAUUCGUCUACCAAAAAAUAGCAUCAUUUCGAUUGUUUCGACUCAGCUGCCUGGAAUAAAUUCGAUUUUCUAGUGAAACGAUAUUUUUUAUGCUAGUUAAAUAGUGUAAAAGGUAGAAUAGUGUCUUUGUGCAAAAUACUUUUUUGUCAGCUGCUGAAAUUGCCCCCUGCAAGUCGAGUGCAAACCGGAGUUCGGACGAAAACAAAAUGGAUGCAAUGAGUUUGAGUUUGGACGAGAUCAUCAAGAAAAAAGGAGUCGGAAAGCGACCGGCUGGGAAGAUUGGCAAGGGCAAAAAUUCCGAGACCUUGCCGGGUCGUGCCCGUCUGAACCGAAAGUCCGCGGCCAGUCCGACGAAAAACGGCCGAAAGAAGCUGCUGGGUGGUGGCGGUAUUUCUAAACCGGUCCGGAGUCCGGCUGCUGGAGGAUUAGGGAAACCAAAGCUGGUUGUGGAUGCCCGCAUGAAAAUCAUCGAGAAGAAGCGGUCUCAGAUUCGCGACGCUCGGGACAAGCUAGUCGAGAUCGCUCGGAACAGUGGCGAUGCCCGAUUGAAGCUGUUGAAGCGCAAGGGGAAGCCGCUGCCGGGGAACGGCAUUCUGAAAAAGAGUCCAAGCAAGGUCGGAAAGGGCAAACCAUUCGUUGAUGAAGACGACGACUACGAUAUGGAGGUGGACAUUCGCCGUCCAAUCGGACCGCUGAAGCGAACCGUCCGGAACGAAAUGUUUUCCGUGCCGAGCACAAUGCCACCAUUGCCGACCUUUGGUCGAAGUGUCCGCCCGUCUCCACCUCCGCAAACCUCCUCCUCGACCUGGAACAGUGAUCCGUUCGACUGCUACGAGGUUCACACGUCCCGGCCGAUUCUACAUAAACCUGCCCCGGCCCCCGCACCGCUUCCUAACUACGAUGAUCUUCCGCCGAGGCGCACCCGCACCCGAACGCCUCCACCACCGCCAGUCUACGUUGAGGAUAGACCACAUCUGUCGUCCACGAUGCGGGCUCGUUUGGAGCGUGCACCCAAUCCGAACGAGUCGAUGGGAAUCUUUUCGAAAAUGUCCGCAGAUGACCGGUACCCGGAGAGUCGAACUCAUUACCAUCACGGAGCUCCGCUUUCGCCGUCUCCAUCGCCACCCAUUAGCGGACAUAGGAUCGUCGUAAGCAACCUGCACAGCAGCGUCACACAAAAUGAUAUCAGGGAACUUUUCGAAGACAUAGGCGACCUGCUCGAAUCACGGCUGGUGCGGCCGGGUGUUGCCGAGGUCAUCUAUCGUACCGCCAAGGAUGCCGAAGAAGCCGUUGAUACGUACCACAAUCGUCAGCUGGACGGACUUCCUAUGAAGUGCUUGCUCGUUAAGCCACGAGCUUCAAACAAACCAACUGCGCCGGCCAUUGGCUACUCGAGCUCGUCGAGAUCCCUCAAAUCGUCGUCCUCGCUGGCGUCGAAAAAGUCCCAGGUUGAGAUUGAUAUCGAUGCUCUGCACACGGUUCUCUUCAGACGCGAUCACUAGGCAGAGAGCAA